AAUCGGUUAUUCUAGAUGCUAUUACCCACAGCUGGAAACUGGAUGCUGUGCGGAUUGUUUGCGUGGAUAUGCAGCAAUUCCCUCUCCACGUCUCUUUGCUUUUUUCUCUCUGGAUCCGGACUCUGACUCGCUGUCCUGCUCGGUAAUGCCAAGACUUUGGAAACGGGAGUGACUCUGGGGGUGAGGAGGCGAUUUGCAGAUUACUGCAUACUGCAAGACAAGAUCAUUUGGAUAUAACUCAAAGCCUACAAGUUUGCAGAGCUCACAUCAUGAAUGUAGCUGUCUACUUGAAACCGUGAGCUCCCCACUGUGCUGUUUCCAACAUGGGUGUUGACUGAAUGGAGGAGUAUCCCCGCGCCGCCACAGAGGUAUGAAGAGGCACUUGUGAGGAUUAAAACUGCGCUCAAUAAUUCCUGGACCAUGCUGAUUCUGCCGCCUAGGACGUUAUUUGUGUUAUUAGCCCACGCGCAUGUAAUAUUGUGUAUAAGAAACAAUGGAGAAGUACGGGCUAAAGAGGACAGCAACACCAGCGCAUACUCUGCAAGGACUUUACACGGGUCACUCCGGGAGAGUCAUCAAAACAAAGCCUGGGACCGCGUGCUCUCGCCAGGGUACGCCACAGGUGCGUCCUCGGCGGAACUGCAGGCGCAGCGGGCAAUUAUCCGAGGGCCCCUUAACUCCACUCACCCCUGGAAGAGGGUGUUUGCAGGAGAAACGAGGCGAAUUGGACACAGCAAACGCGACUUCAGUAGGACUGUGACACCCGUGGAGGAUCCCAACGCUGUCUCACAUUGGGACCCGACGCGCCACCACAAUAAGAGGAUAAAGUUGAAUGGCGGUUUUAGUAGUACGGGGACGCCAGCAGGUGGACACUACAAUGCGGCUAAGCUCUCUUCAAUAGGGCGGGGAGACGGAGGAGGGGGACCCGAGGAGGGCGACAGGCACAAGAGAGGCACAAAAGACGAGCAGAAGAAAGCCUCGAAGAGGGGGAGAAACCGGCUGAACAAAAGCUCAGGGGUUUUGGCUCAGCCUCACGCGUCACCGUGGGAACCCAUCCCCAAGCCGUUGGCCCUCACCUCCACCGACCUGCCCUUUGACCUCUUUACCAGGAGGACCGAGUUCUUCACUUUCAGAGAGGAGAACCCAUGGGACGCCACGCCGAUCACCCCUCCCAGCUCGCAGGAUUUCGGGGACGAGAUCAAGAAUCCCUUUUACCCGGUGACAAGUGAGACUUACGGCGCUUAUGCGAUCACAUGCGUCUCCGGGGUUAUCUUCCUGGUGGGGAUAGCGGGUAACAUUGCCAUCCUGUGCAUCGUGUGCCAGAACUACUACAUGAAGAGCAUCUCCAACUCACUGCUGGCCAAUUUGGCUGUCUGGGAUUUUGUGCUCAUCUUCUUCUGCCUGCCCAUGGUGGUUUUCCAUGAGCUGACAAAGUCCUGGCUGCUGGGGGAAUUCACCUGCAAAGUGGUGCCCUAUGUGGAGGUGGCCUCCCUUGGUGUGACCACCUUCACCCUGUGCGCUCUGUGCAUCGACCGCUUCCGUGCAGCCACCAACGUCCAGAUGUACUACGAGAUGAUCGAGAACUGCACCUCCACUACCGCUAAGCUAGCUGUCAUCUGGAUUGGUGCUCUCCUAUUGGCCCUCCCAGAGCUCCUCAUCAGACAGCUGGUGGCAGAGGACACAGGAAUCCCAGACGAGCCUCCCGUUGAACGCUGUAUUAUCAGGAUAUCCACCUCACUUCCUGACAUGCUCUACGUGCUGGGCUUGACCUACGAGGGCGCUCGGCUGUGGUGGUGCUUCGGCUGCUACUUUUGCCUCCCUACCCUCUUCACCAUUGGGUGCUCCUUGGUGACCGCACGCAAGAUCCGGCGUGCAGAGCAGGCCAGCGUGCGCAGCAACAAGAAGCAGAUCCGGCUGGAGAGCCAGAUGAACUGCACCGUCGUGGCGCUGGCAAUUGUCUACGGUGCGUGCGUGGUGCCUGAGAACAUCUGCAACAUAGUUUCUGCGUACAUGGCGGCCGGUGUUCCUGAGCACACCAUGUCUGUGCUCCAUCUCCUCUCCCAGCUGCUGCUCUUCUGUCGGGCCGCUGUGACGCCGGCGCUGCUGCUUCUCCUGUGUCGCCCGCUGGGCAGGGCCUUCCUGGACUGCUGCUGUUGCUGCUGCUGUAACCACGAGCCCUCCUCAGCCACUGCCAGUGACGAUAACGAACAUGAGUGCACCACCGAGCUUGAGCUGUCGCCGUUCAGCACCAUCCGCAGGGAGCUGAGUAACUACACACCUGCUGGCUCCAACUGCUAAACUGACAUUCCUCAUCAGGGAUGGAGAUUUCACUAGCCUGCUAUUAUCCUUUGGCAGACUCAGCUAGGAGAGAUUUGCCUUACCUAGUCUAGUCACAUUUUUAAAUGGGUGCAUGAAAGAAAUUGGACACUGAAUAAUCAAAUUCAGCCAGUGUCCUACAUCUUCAACUUUCAUUCCUAACUACAUUUGCAGUACUAUAUUACCCUAAUUUCCCAGGAACGCUAACAAAAAGCUAAAUCUUUCACUCAUGCCCUGGGGUGCUCUUUAAACAGGGUCAGUACAUAACCCUGCCUGAAACCUUUAAAGUUACAGACCUCCGCUGUAGACCUUCUAUGCCUAAAUAUCUUAUGACAGUUGGGAGGCUGGUUCUUCACAAGAGGUUAAAUCAGGUUCAUCAUGUAUUUAGAUUACACAAAACUGUUUCCCACAGGCCCUAAUGUUAUGAGUGGCAGGUAAAGAUGAUAACAUGUAUACUGUACAAUGUACAGUAAAUGAUUGUACAGAAUAUGUGACAAUGUUUUCUGUUAAAGUUACCAAAACAGUCUGUGAUGAUAAGUGUAUUUGGCCCCCAUAAAUAAUAUUAAUGUAUGGGAAACUGUACUGUAUAUCUUAAAGGAGACAUAAUCAAUGCCAAUCACCUUCUAAAUGUGUCACUGUUGCAAUUAUGGAGACUUGGCUAAUUAAUCAUGGAGUGCAACCUUGUAUAAUAAUUCAUAUACAGCAUCUAGCUAAACGUGUGGGCUGACACUGCCUAUAGAAAUACAGGACUUAAUUUACAUGAGCUGUAAAUGGACAGUUUGUGUAAUGAUGCACACAUGGGAUCAAGUCUUUCGAUAAUGAAACUAGCGCAGGGCAUCUGCAGUAAUGACCGUUUUCAAGAGAAAAACACAGAGAGGAGAGAUGAUUGGAGAAUCCAAAUGUACACAACAACACUUACACUGUAUAUUGAAAAAUAUCCAGGUGACUCAAACAUAACUGGGCUGGUCUCAGAGAUACAUAAACACGGACUUGAGCGGAAUUAAAAGGUUCAGAAUAGACUAAUUGAAAUCAAAUUAGUGGUGAGUGGAAUGGAAUGGAAUCGAAUGAAACACUACAGAUUAAAUUGAAUGGGUUGCAUAUGAAUAGAGUGAAAUGUAAUGGAACUUAACACCGUGGAAUAUAAUUAAAAAGGUAUGGACUCAGCAUGGACUGGACACUGAAAAAAAAUAUCUGCACUACACUGUUGUAUCAUGUUACUCCUUACACUUUGGGCUGUAUAUAUACUGUACACUUUCUUUGGUGCUCUUAUGAUGAAUGCGCUGUAAACAACCAAUCCAUCGGUUCGACUUGGAAUCACAAGUAAUUGAGCUGCUUACUAUAUUUUUGGUCAAGAAGACGGAUAACAGUUGUCGGUGGAAUACAAUCAAUGGUGGGGUAAUUGAAGAAGAAAAUUCAAUGUAGAAUUUCACUGAGCUGUCAUUGACACAGUUUAGAGAUUGCAUGAAUCUUUGAUAAAUACUGCCUUUAGUAUUAGUGAUGGUUGUUUGACACAAGUAUGGUAGCACUUUAUUUUACAGUGCAGUUAUUACUCAGUACUCAGUAUUUGCAAGGACAGAUAAAUGAAGCCUAUUACUUGUAUUAACAUUAAGUAGAUGAAGUAAUUUACUAGUCUGCAGAUUUUUAUCAUUACAUUGGUACAGAAAUAUAAUUACUGGUAGUUAUGUUAUGUAACAUAUUAACAGGGACACUAAUCAUCUAACAUUUACUAGGUUACAACACAUUAUUAAAUUACAAUUACAAAAAAAAUUGUCAAUACUGCAUAAUUACAUUGUAAAUACAACUGCUGAAUUGUAAUUAUAAGGGGAAUUGUAUAUUUCGACCAAUAGGCUUAAUCAAUGUAUAGUUUAUACUAAGUAGAAAGUUCAAGUUAUUUAUUUCAUUUCCUGAACUGUGAAACAAAGAGCUACCACAAGUGUGUAAAUGAACUCGAAGGCAAGACUACGAUUGACUGUUCGCAAAACUCUUAUUGUCCAACCACAACUCUAGCAAACGGAACUAGGCAUGGCAUUUCUGGUGAGAAUGCUGACUUUAUGCCAGCGACACGCAACUUUAGCCUCAGUCUUUUAGCAUGAUAUUAUGUAUGUAGCCAUCAAGUGCGUACUUAGGACCCCUUUAACAGGGUUCUCAUUUUAAAUGAGUCAGGCAGAAAGAUUGAAAAGUCAGCCGUGUCAACAGCGUUUUCAACCAACUCAUGUUGCUAAUGUUAGCUUAGUUAGCUAGCUAGCUAAUUACAGUUAUUUCAGCUGGUAAAAUGGACAUUUUCCAGCUGGAAAUGAGAGGCUGCUUUUGUCCACCUCUGUCUGAAAUGAAGGACCCAUUGUCUCAACAAUUACUAAGGAUGUGGAGUGAUAAAUCUGCCUCGGUUAUCGUUGUAAACUGCAUAUGUGCCAUGUGAGAAUAGAAAGCUUCACAGGCGUAGCAACAGUAACUAAAGGGGGGUGGGGCUUCAAGGAUGAAUUUUACAGGGCCAAAAACAUCUUGUUGCUUGACUUCUAAUGCCUUUUGCAGUUUCACUACUUGAGUUUUUAAGGAGAACCAAUGAAAUGUUUUUCACAGUGUAUAAAUUUACAAGUGUAUUGUACUGUAAAUCUGUUUUCUUAAUCCUACCAAUCAGAUCUGGGUCAAAACAAGGUUCAAAUCACUAUUACAAUGCAGGUAAUUGAAGUUAUACUGAAAAAUGAACAGCCUAAACAUUUAGUACAUAUGGUAAUAUGGCGGGAGUGUGUAGCGGGCUUCUUAUUUUGCUUGUUAAACUUAAUGAAAAAUCCAAUAGCUUUACAUAAUUAUAACUAAAAUGAAUAGUGGUGCACUCUGUGAUGACCCAGGUGUGAUGUUCAUUGGUAUACUGUAUAUUGCAAUGAAUCCUUUGCAUAUGAUUCUGCACUGCCAAACAUCUUCUCUCUGUCUGUCUCUUGUGCUCUUGUGGUAGUAGCACACUAUCUCUGGGUGUCUCUCUCAGCGUGGAGGUCAGUUUGCCCUCGGCUCCAUCAACAUAGGGAGAAGAAUUUUACUACAAAACAUAAAUCAAGAAAGGUUUGACAGCACCCAGGGCCAGUCAUACUAAAUAUAUAUACGCAUAGUAAGAAACUGUGGAUAAAUGGUGUUUUUUUUUUUCCUGCCAGGGCUAAGGCAGCAACCCUUUGGCUUUAACGAACUACAGUUUAUGAGCUUCAGGUGGAUGUAGCCUCUGCUUGGCUGCAGUUCUUCAACUUAAUAGAGGAAAUUGGCAAAAACACAGCACUACUGCAACAUAAUGCCCUGCAGCCUGUUUGACAACUCUUUUUAUUCCCAUCACUAUCAGGCUAUUGUGGGCCGACUUGUUCAGGGAGCUCAGUUUAUAUGCCCUUGUACCAGCCCAGUUUCUACCAUUAAAUCACCUCAAGAGUUUGUUGUAUGUCGUCCAGCGAUCUGACUGGAGUCUGGAUUUCCCACCUAUUUCAUGAUGCGAGUGUGAAGUGUAAACUGACCUCCUGAAACUGAUUCUUUUUCUGCAUUUUUCUGGGAGUAUAGCUCAUUCUAAAUGGCUCAGUGUGUAGUAACGUGGUUCAAACUAUUGAUGAAGUGAAUCUUGUAAAUCAGUCAGUGAGACUUUUAUUCUGAAUUUUGUGAGUAUCCUCUUCACUCUCAGCAAGUUGUGUCUGUAUUUGAUACCUGGAAAUGUAAGCACACGACCACUAUUGUCUCUAAGUCUAGUCACUGGUUUCUAAAUAGCUUUUUAUAUAGCCAAAUGACUGUCCCUUUGGUUAUCAAAGAACUUUAUCUUGAAAACUGUAUAUUAAAAUUUUAAAUGUA